UAAAGCAAUUCUCCCGCCAUCGUCAUACGUCUAUGAAGUGGAACAAUUCAUGGAAGAAGAUAACGCGUCGAGCGGUCAGGUGGGCACAGCGCCAUCGGACCGGAUCAGGCGCAGGAAGGGCGUCUACACGCGCGACAAGAACCGCCUCUUCUUGAAACAGUUCGUCGAGUACAACGGGGGCGGAAUUAUUACCAUCAAGAAAUCAGCCCUAGACAAGUACAACAUCGCCAAAACAAGCUUCGAUCAACUCUUUACUGGCAAUCCUCCCGAAUUUCCCUCAUCCAAGAAGCUACUCAAGAACGGCUCCACCCCUGGGUCUAAGAAUCCGCCCAAGCCAGGAUCUGCGAACAAGAAAUCCGCCAAGAAACUCAGCCCAGAUAAGAAGAAACAGGAGAGUAUGGACAAGUUUGUUAAGAAGGCUGAUAAGAAUGAUGCAUCAAAACCCAAACCUCCCGCGGACCCGGCAGCCAAGAAGAGCGCUCAGGAGCUGGCUGAAAAGAUGCGCCGCGCCGAAGACCAGAUGCGCCAGCGCAAGGAAGAAGAGAAAGCUAAGAAAAAGGAGAAGCACGCUCGGUUGCAGGCCUAUCUCAAGGAGUGGCAGAAAGUCAAGGAUGACCUCGAGCUUGAGGACCAUAAGAUAAUUCCAAAAGGCACACCCAUUGAAAUAGAGGGCAUACCGCACAAGCAUUUCGGCGACUUCCUCUCAGUUCUCGAAUUCGUCCAUGUCUACGCCGACAUUCUAAAGACGAAAGACGUUUUCCACAACGAGCUGGACUUGGAGACCUUCAGGAAGUCGCUGGUGACGAAGGACUGUGCCGGUGUCUUCAGUGACCUGGUACAGAUGUUUCUGACUACAAUAUUCUCGCUGCAAGAAGACGAGGCAGAGGAUUACAAUGAGAAAGGAGGGAUACAGGAAUCCACCGAAGACACGGAGAUCGACAGCCAGGUUGGUAUGACGAAAGCCGUUGAAUUAGCAACGAAGGCCAGCAAAUGGUCCCAAACAUACCUCGGCACACCGCUUAGCAAGCUACCACUGGAUCCCACCACCGUCACUGAGGUCUUAAGACUGCACUUCCUGUCAUCGGGGUCGGCGGCGGGCAGCCGCUGCGCCACGUGGCGUUACCAUCAGCGCGGCGGGUACAGCAGCCACGACGACCCGGGGCUGCGCCUGCGCCUCACCUCGCCGCAGCUGCUGCGCAGGCUCGCCACCACGCACGUCGCCGACUUGUCGCUAGAUGACAAGUUCCUGGUCUUGCAAUGCCUGAUGAAUCAAAUACUGACGUAUGCGACAGUGCGUGACGUCAUCGAGGAGAAGCUCGAAGAAUUCAAGAACACCAAACAAUCUUUGAGAAUGUUACAGAUAAACGAGCGCAAACGCGAAAACCAAGUAACAUUGGCCAAACAAGAGCUGAAAAAGGAAUACGCGACGAAAAAGGAAGAACAGAAACUGACCGGCGAGAAGGCGAAAGCUCACGAGGAAGAAUUGAAGCUCGCCUUGGAGAAGCUCGUGAAGGAUAGUGAGAAGGAAAAGGUGGAAUACGAAAAGAAACUGAAGGAGCUGCAGGUUCAGGUCUUCGACUAUGCUUCUUAUGUCGGCGCCGACCGCGCGUUCCGGCGCUACUGGCUGCCGCGGCGCGUGGCGGGGCUGUUCUGCGAGGCGGGCGGCGAGGCGCGCGGGCCGUGCCGCGACAAGCCCGUGCCAUAUUACAAUGUCGUAUUUCUAGCAGGUAGUGACAAGGAGAACGAUUCUGCAGCAAACUCCCGCGGUAACUCCCCGAAGAAGCCGCUGACAAACCUCAACGGUCUGACGCAGAAGCUGAACGGGCUCGAGUCCAACACACAGCAGUACCGCGAAUUGCUUGUCUGCACGGGAGAUAUCUCUACUUGCUUUGUACACGGAAAGGGUGACUUCCGCCCCCACUGGAGGGUGUACCACACCGAGGAGCAGAUCGAAGCUCUCAUCCAAUCCCUGAACAAGCGAGGCGUCCGCGAGAGCGAACUAAGGCAGGCGUUGGAACUUGAUAAGGCCAACAUCGUGGAGUACGUCAAGAAAUGCCCGUUGCAUCAUCUUAAUCCGGACAUUGCUCCGCCUCCACCUGUGCAUCACAUGACUCGCAACAAGAAGUUCACUCUCUCCCUCGUGGUACCUGACGACAGCACUUUAUCGGAGGCUCUGGAACUUUCGCUCAGAGAUCACAUACUUGAGCUGGAGGAGAAGAUCUUCCACGGAUGUCUGGGAGCACUUAAAGUCAAGGUUAGAGAAA